UCGCCUAUUAUUUACAUCUAUUUAAGGUAAGGAGGUAAUACAAUACAAAUGAUGUUAGGUCAGUCUACAGACUCAUUACUCUGAGGAAAAUAACAAAAGAAUUGCAUGAAAAAAAUGUUUGGUAGAUGACAAAGAACAGUGCGAGGAUAUUCAAUACAAGUUCCUCUGAAUACAUCGCUAUGACGGAUAAAAAAUCUCUCGUAGAUAACAUGUCUGUAUACCCAGCGGAGGUCACAGUGACUACAACAGAUAAUGAGAUUCGAACCACCAUCCAACAGUCACUCAUAGAUCCCGACGCCGAGACGCAUGUGUACAAGCGUCGCUGGUACAUACUGCUGGCCUACAGUCUCCUAGCGUGCACACAGGGGGGCUACUGGAACACCUGGGGUCCUAUUGCCGAGUCAUCAGAAGAUGCGUUCGGUUGGUCUGACGCGGACAUCGCCCUACUGUCCAACUGGGGACCCAUUUCAUACGUCUUAUCGACAUUCGUGAUGUCUUGGGUGGUUGAUGUCAAAGGACUCAGAUGGGCCUGUUUAAGUACCGCGAUCAUGGUAGCCGCUGGUGCUGGUGCAAGAUGUAUAACAGACCAACCUCCAUAUGUAAAAUGGACGGUUAACAUUGGUCAGUUCCUGAACGGUCUGGCGGGCCCUGUUGCCAUGGGUGUGCCGCCUGCUUUAUCAGCGCUCUGGUUUCCGGUCAAAGAGCGCACAACCGCCACAGCUAUCGCCACCAUUCUAAAUGGCAUAGGCGUUGGGAUCUCGUUUGCGUUGGGUCCUUAUAUGGUACCAGAUCGAAUUUCCAAUCAAAAUAUUACAGCGAGUAACUACUCGUCCGCAAAUACAACAGAGAGAAUAUCUCAUGAGAGACACGACAUUAUGAUCUACAUGUAUGUCGAGGCGGCAUGGGCUGUCUUUGUCCUGUUACUUAUACUGGUGUACUUCCCGGCAAAACCGCCCAAACCCCCGACACUGUCCGCCUCCGUGGAGAGAAUGGACUUCAUGACUGGAGCCAAAACCCUCAUCAGAAACGCGAGGUUCUGGGUGAUUUGUGCCACAUAUGGUAUAUCCCUGGGAGUGUUCAACUGCUGGCAAAGUGUUCUUGACGUUAUCCUGAAGCCACACAAGAUUGACGAGAGCGAAGCUGGGUGGCUAGGAUUUUAUUCCAUUUUAGCCGGAUGUGUUGGAUCUGUGAUUUUGGCAAGAUUUGCCGACGUGUUUUCGCGCCACAUGAAGAUGUUCCUAUUGUUACUAUACAUUAGCGGAACCGGAUGUUUCGUCUGGUUUACUCUUCUCAUCAAUGGAACUAUUCCAGAAUCCACAUAUUCAUUGUAUGCAGCUAUUAUACUAGCCACACUCCUGCUGAAUGCUAGCGUACCGCUGUACUUUGAAAUGGCCUGCGAGGCGACGUACCCCGUAGCAGAGGGAAUCACCAACUUUGUCCUGACCCUCGUCAAUAACAUUGGGGGCCUGGUGUUUCUUCUCAUCAAUAUGAUCCCCAAUAUAGGGACAGCCUGGGAGAACUGGACCUGCCUUGGGGCCAUCGCUUCCUGUAUCCCCGUCCUGUUCUUCAUCAAAGAGAAUUAUAACCGAUUAGAGGUGGACGAAAUCAAAAAAGUGUGAUCACUUGAGACUGAUGCUAGCACAGAUGCAAUAAGUCAUAUAAUUAUGUAUUUAUGAUCGAUGUUAAAAUUUGUUGUAAAAUUGUACACAGUGUAAAUUAACAAUGCUGUGAUUCCCUCAAGAAAACUUGCGGAGGGGAGUCUUAACAUCAGAGUUGCUCUUGCUUUUAAAAGUUGCGAAUUUUUUGUAUGAAUGGGACUAGAAGCUCGCAAUCUAAACUUCCAACGUGAUUUAGAGUCUAACUGCCACGAUGCAUCAAUUUGUAUAUUUUUAUGUGUACUUGUAUACCACAGGUGCUUGAGGACAGGAUCGACCCCCCUUCCACUCCCCCCCCCCCCGCCCCAAUAUAUAGACCCCCGGGACUUCAUUUUUCUUGUAUUAUAUAUGUAGAGGGUCUGAUUUUUUAAAAAUAUUUGUUUUAGGUAAUUUGGGGCAAUGAAUGUAUAAAUUAGAUUAUGAAUAUGUCAUAAAAUGAUAAUUUAAUAAUAAAAAAAAAAUAAUAAAGUCCCGGGGGUCUAUAAUCUUGGGGUGAUGGGGGGUCGAUCCUGUCCUCAAGCACUUGUGAUGUAUACCACAUUAUUUCAAUACCCAAUCGUUUAUGAUGCGAUACAAGUGUUAUUUUGAAUUAUUAUGACAUGACAUGGUCCUCAACCAAAAGAAAUAAAGUCUUACAUAAUGAAAGAAACAAAAA